GAUUGCCCCGGGAUUCAGUCCCCAUCCCUGCGCCGGCGCCGCUGCCCGAGGAUGUGGCUGUACGUGGCGGCGGCUCUGCUGGGGCUGUUCCUGCUGCGGCGCUGGCACCGGGAGCGCCAGACGGUGCCGCGGCUGUCGGAGAAGCACGUGCUGAUCACGGGAUGCGACAGCGGCUUCGGGAACCUGCUGGCCCGGCAGCUGGACGCGCGGGGGCUGCGGGUGCUGGCCGCCUGCCUGACCGAGGCCGGGGCCGCGCAGCUGCGGGCGGCCACCUCCAACCGGCUGCAGACCGUGCUGCUGGACGUCACCUCCAGCAAGAGCAUCGCCGAUGUCACCGCCUGGGUCCGGGAGCGCGUGGGUGAUCGAGGGCUCUGGGGGCUGGUGAACAACGCAGGGAUCGCCAUCCCCACCGCCCCCAACGAGUGGCUGACCAAGGAGGACUUUGUCAAGGUGCUGGACGUCAACCUGGUGGGGCUGGUGGAGGUGACGCUGAGCCUCCUGCCGCUGGUGCGGCGGGCGCGGGGCCGCGUGGUCAACGUGGCCAGCGUGAUGGGCCGCGUGUCCUUCUUCGGUGGCGGGUACUGCAUCUCCAAGUACGGCGUGGAGGCCUUCUCUGACAGCCUCAGGCUUGAGAUGCGCAACUUCGGGGUGAAGGUCUGCGUGAUCGAGCCGGGCUACUUCAAAACCAUGAUCACCAACGUCGAGAACCUGGAGAGGAAUUUUCAUUCCAGCUGGAAGAAGCUUCCAGAGGAAAUCAAAGCGAGUUAUGGGGAGGGUUACUUGAGGCAGUUUGUGGCGAUGCUCAAGACGAUGCAGAAGACCUACAACUCCAACCUGUCGCUGGUCACCAACUGCAUGGAGCACGCGCUGACCAGCCUCCACCCCCGCAGCCGCUACUCGGCCGGCUGGGACGCCAAGCUGCUCUACCUCCCCAUCAGCUACCUGCCCUCAGCCCUCAGCGACGCCCUGUUCGCCUUGUUCUACCCCAAAUCUGUUGGGAAACCCUAAGGUGGGCGUGCAGCAGGCAGGCAGGACCAGGGCGGGAUCCGAUGGCGCACGGCGGGAUCCGGAAUCGGCUGCUGCCUCUGAAUUUGUAACUGCUCAUAUGUCUGACCCUCUGUCCCCUGCUCACGGGUGGGUUUGUCAUGAAUAAAGGCCCCCUGUCCCCUCCUGGCA